AUGAUAAUUCUUUAUUUUUUCCUCGGUAAAAAAAGACGUCGUUACAAAAGAGCUCAUCAAGUACGUGGUCCCUCUCGCUUGGAAGAACAACUCCUUGAUGAUGUGGACGACCAGGCAGAUGGUCCACGUGAAUAUACCUUAGUAAAGAAACGCAAACAACCAAGAUCUGCUCCAAUGAGAAGGAGGAAAAGGGAGCGUCCCGCCCACCGUGUUGGUCGCCGCACCAUUAUUGAUAUUCAUUUAGAAGUCAUAGACGAAUGUCAAAAGGGGGAUGCACAUUCGAUGAAAGAAGACUUUUUUGAAAUUUUGGUUCAGGAAUUUAUGGGAAGCGAAUUCAUGAAAGAAGAAAAUGUUCCUAUGGAUGAGGUUCCAAGUUCUGAUUGCGGGUUUAGGGAGGAAGACUUUAUUCUUACAGAAGAUAUUCUUGAGGAAGGUGUUCCUAAGGAACAGGUUCCAAGUUCAGAUUCCGGGUUUAGGGUGUAG